CCUUUUCUACUUCCAGGCUCUAGGGCCUCGUACGACCGUCUUGCGCUGCUGCCCCUCUCCCACGGCAGCCGCAGCAACGCCGCUUCGCGAAUCGCGAGCGUCCUGGUCGUUUCUUUUCGGCGGUGUUUUCCUUCUCCUUGCCGUAGCGAAACCUUGUAUUGAGAUACAGUUUGUCCGUAACCCACAAGCCGAGCCACGACGGCCUUAGUGACUAUCCGUCAAUCCAUCCCUAAAAUUUCGUAACUUCCUCCGAAUUCGUCUAUCCGCCCGUCGCCUUUUCGGCUUCGCUCGCUCCGGUCGCCUCUUAGGCAUCGCUCCCCCCGGCCGCCACGAUGGUGCAGUACAACUUCAAGCGCAUCACGGUGGUCCCCACCGCCAAGGACUUUGUCGACAUCGUUCUGUCCAAAACGCAGCGCGGCACGCCGACGGUGAUCCACAAGGGCAGCGCCGUUAACAGAAUCCGUCAGUUCUACAUGCGCAAGGUCAAGUUCACGCAGCAGACGUUCCACGACAAGUUAACGACGAUUCUUGACGACUUUCCGCGGCUCGAGGAGAUCCACCCUUUCUAUGGCGACCUCCUUAAUGUCCUCUACGAUAAGGAUCAUUACAAGCUCGCGCUCGGACAAGUGAACGUGGCGCGCGGCAUCAUCGACCGCGUCACCAAGGAGUACGUGCGCCUGCUCAAGUACGGCGACUCGCUCUACCGCUGCAAGCAGCUCAAGCGCGCCGCGCUGGGCCGCAUGUGCACGCUCAUGCGCAAGCAGGGGCCGUCGCUGGCGUACCUCGAACAGGUGCGGCAGCACAUGUCCCGUCUGCCCUCCAUCGACCCGAACACCCGAACCAUCCUGGUGUGCGGGUACCCCAACGUGGGCAAGAGCUCGUUCGUGAACAAGGUGACCCGCGCCGACGUGGAGGUGCAGCCGUACGCCUUCACCACGAAAUCGCUGUUCGUGGGCCACACCGACUACAAGUACCUGCGCUGGCAGGUGAUCGACACCCCCGGGAUUCUCGACCACCCCCUGGAGGAGCGCAACACCAUUGAGAUGCUGUCCGUGACGGCCUUGGCGCAUCUGAGAGCCGCGGUGCUGUUUGUGGUGGACGCGUCUGGCAGCUGCGGGUACACGCUGGAGCAGCAGGCGGCGCUCUUUAAUUCCAUCAAGCCUCUCUUCCUGAACAAGCCUCUGCUGGUGGUGUGCAACAAGGUGGACCUGCAGCCGCUGGAAACCCUCUCGGAAGCCGACAGGAAGGUGCUCCAAGACAUGGCGGCUGAGGCCGCUCGCUGCGGUGGGCCCGGAAUCGCUCCUCCUGGUGGUGGGGGUGGGGAGGGAGCGAUGGGGGAGGCGGUGAUGGAAGGCGCGGAGGGCGCGGGGUGCCUGCUGACAAUGAGCACCAUGACUGACGUCAACGUCGCUGCUGUCAAGAACGCUGCGUGCGAACGGCUGCUGCAGAUGCGCGUGGAGGCGAAGAUGCGCAGCAAGAGAGUCGAGGACGUGGCCAACCGCAUCCACGUGGCCAUGCCGCGGCCUCGUGACAGCAAACCCCGCCCGCCAGUCAUCCCUCAAGCCGUGCUGGACCGCCAGGCCAAGGGGAUCAAGCCGUCCGAGGGGCGCAAGCUGGAGAAGGACUACCAGGAGGAGAUGGGCGGCGCGGGCGCGUACGUGGCGGACCACACGCGGCCGUACCUGUUGGAGGACGACACGUGGCGGCAGGACGUGGUGCCUGAGAUCAUGGACGGCAAGAACAUCGCGGAUUUCGUGGAUGCGGAUAUUCUGGCGAGGUUGGAGGAGCUGGAGAGGGAGGAGUGGGAGAUGGAGCAGCAGGCGGAGGGCGCUGGGGAGGCGGAGUGGGGCGAGGCGAUGGAUGACGAGGAGGAGGACCUGGCGCCUGAGGAGGCUGAGGCUCUUGCGGCCAUCAGGCUCAAGAAGAAGCGUCUAAUCACCCACCGUCACCGCCAGCGUUCCGUCACGGAUUCCCGGCCAAUCCUGCCGCGCCACGCGGACACGGGCCGGCAGUUCACGGCGGAGCGCAUGCGGCGCGAGCUGACCUCCAUCGGGCUGGACCCGUCGGCUGCCCUGGCGCGCAUCAAGGAGGGCAAGACUGGGGAGGGUGGGGACGUGAGCGGCGGCGGCACGGUGGCCAAGGGGCGGAAGAGAAGCCGGUCCAUGGCUCGCGACGGCAUGGAGGUGGACGGGGAGGAGGGAGGGGGGAGGCGGGGGCUAUCGAGGGGCCGGGAAGGGAGGCGGGAAGAGCGUGAGGAAGGGGAGGAAGGGGGGAUGGAGUUGGACGAGGCGAACGAGGAGCGGCUGCGCAAGCGGCUGCGGCACAUGUCACGGUCGCGGUCGCAGUCGGUGGGGAGGAUAGGCGGCACGGCGAUGGCUCUAGCGGCGGAGGCGGUGCCCGGGGAGGGGUUCCGAGACACGGAGCAGAAGGUGGCGGCGGUGAAGCUGUCGCGGAAACACGCGACCAAGAGGAAUGUGCAGAGCAAGAAGGGCGAGGCGGACCGGACGAUUGUGAAUGUGAGGCCCAAGCAUCUGUUCUCGGGGAAGAGAGGUGCCGGGAAGACCGACCGGCGGUAGGGAGGAGGGGAAAAGGGUUAUGGCUGCGCUGUGCAGUGGUCGUUUGUGGCAUUACCGGUAGCACAAGAUCAGUCUGGAGCAGAUGUGACAGGCAAUGCCUGUAGCUUCAUGCACGCGUGCAUUGGGGAUUUAUUCUGCGGCUUCUGUACCUUGGAAAGCGUGUUCUUUUCUGCUGGUGUCAUGGUGGCUAGGUGGUUCUAGGAGCAUGGACAAAUUGCCAGUGAUACCAAGCACUAUUGCCACAUAAUUGACAAAUCUGUAUGCUUGAGCGAAGCUCCUUGCGGACAU